UCCUACCGCCGUACCGUCUGUGAAUGCAAACCUCUCUGCUUGUCCUGUCCCGAGGUCGAGAGACACCGUCUGCCGCAAGCGAUAUAUUGCCACGAUGAUGACAGUUACCUCACAGCAGGAGACCGUGGACAGUGUAGACACUGUGGAGAGUGUCGAUACUGGGGAUCAGCCCUUGCCCUCCUCCACUUCUGAUGCUGUGACACAGUGUUAUUUGAAGCCCCCCCGAUGGUCUCGCGCUGUGCAGGUUAACCUGAAGCCCAAGAUGGUCAGUGUGGGCACACAGACGUCUUUCAGCCCACAAACCUCCACUCCCCUCGCUAGUCCUGAACAGACAGAUGAUGAAGAUGAUGAUAAUGCCUCUGUCGUUAGUGACUUAUCGUGGGUGCCCGAAGAGCCGAUACAUGAGGAGGACUUGUUUGAUGAGGAGCCACCUUACGCGUGUGACCCCCACCACAAUGGCAUUGACAAAUUCAUUGUUUGCCAAGAGGAGCUGAUGGGCCUUUUUGCCAUCUGUCCGGCCUGUUGUGAGAGGUCAGAUAGUAGCAUCGUGCAGCAGGAAGGAACUUUUGUUAAGAUCAAGCAGGUCUGUGCAUCAUGUGGCUACCACCGUUUCUGGCAAAACCAACUAAUGCUCCACAGGAACAUGCCGACCUGCAACCUCCUGUUAAGUGGGGCCAUUCAUUUCACUGGAUGUUUGGCCACCCAGACAUUAAGAAUGUUGACUCUGUUUGGCCUGCAGUGCAUCAGUGCGAGCAGUUUCUUUCGCCAUCAGCGCCGCUACACUAUCCCUGUAAUCAUUCAGGCCUGGCAAAACGAUCAAGCAAAGAAUUUUAGUGACCUACGGGCAAUGGAUGGUGGGCUAGUUCUUGCUGGUGACUGCAGGUAAACCAGUGUGAGAGCUCAUAGACCAGUUGCACGUUUUGAUUUUGUUAUUUGUUAUCAUGUAGGGUGGCUUUAGUUGGCAUUUGCAGAUGACAUGGUGGA